UCUACUAUUGAUGUUCGCAGCGAGUGCUUGGACCGACAACUCCACCAGUUUCGUGUGAUGACCAGGUGUUCCAGAGAAAAGUGUACAUUUAUGGAAAAAUGUUAUGGACCGAGUUUCAUGGGGCCAAUAACAAACGUCACGGUCCCAAUUGGCAGAGAUGCUGUGCUCGCUUGCGUCGUUGCGAACCUUUCUUCGUAUAAGGUAGCAUGGCUGCGAGUGGACACGCAAACUAUCUUGACAAUAGCAAACCAUGUGAUUACAAAGAAUCACAGGAUCGGAGUUACGCGUACAGAUCACAAAACGUGGUGCCUACACAUACGCGAAGUGCGCAAAUCUGAUCGUGGUGCUUACAUGUGCCAAAUAAAUACCGACCCGAUGAAGAGUCAAACUGGAUACCUGGAAGUUGUAGUUCCACCAGAUAUUUUAGAUUAUCCGACAAGCACGGAUAUGAUCAUUAAAGAAGGUGAUAAUGUUACUCUGCGCUGCGCUGCUGUGGGAUCGCCAACGCCAAACAUCACCUGGAGGCGCGAAGAUGGAGAAACCAUCUAUCUGGAAAAUGGAAAAGAAGUGCGAAAUAUAGACGGAUCAGUCUUCAAUAUCACGAAGGUAAAUCGACUCCACAUGGGUGCAUAUUUGUGCAUCGCAUCCAAUGGCGUACCCCCCACCGUCAGUAAAAGAAUUAUGCUCAUAGUACACUUUUCUCCAAUGAUAUAUAUACAGAACCAAUUAGUAGAAGCACAGGAGGGACAAAAUAUGACUCUGGAGUGUAAUUCGGAAGCGUUUCCGGUAUCAAUUAAUUAUUGGACGAAGGAAAACAACGGAAUAGAAACCACUGGAGAAAAGUAUCUCCAGUCACAGACGGAAAGUACGUACAAGGUACACAUGAAACUUACAAUACUCUCGGUGGGAAUGUCGGAUUAUGGAACCUACAAAUGCAUAUCAAAGAACGCUCUCGGAAAAACAGAUGGUACCAUCAAACUUCAUUAUAUUCCAACGCCAACUACGGAAUCGAGAACAUCAACAACGACGCUAGCUCCCACAAUCGAAGAAGUUGAAAAUAUUCAAAAUUCGCGACAGAGACCGUUACCUAGCGCAGAACCCAGUCCUAAUCAAAUAACGGAUUCGUCGUUGUCCAGUGUCAUUAGACUAGAUGAUAUACGGCUUCAUGGCAGAGCUAGCAGCGAUGGCUACAAUGGCGCUGAAAACGAUGUAACGUCAAAGGGACGAAAAAGUAUCGACAGCGAGAUACGACCACGAAGAAUCGACAACACGGCGCAAUCCAUGUCAUCCAGGGGUACUAGCUCGAAUUUUCUGGCACAAUCUAGAGCGGCCAUCUGCAUAAUCCUACUAUCUACCCUGUCGUAGUCGCGUCAGUGUCUACCAACGAAAAGAAUGGUUAUUCGAGGAAAAUCCUUCGGGGAUCAAGAUUCGUCCUGUUCAUCGUCAUUUAUCUCAUCCACGAAAGGGAUCAAUUAAUGGGUGUGAAUCGACAACGUAAUCAUCAUAACUGUUGCGACUAUAAUAUCCGAAGCUAAAAUCUUUUAAUACGAGGUUUACUUUUCUCGUUGACGAUAUUUUUACACCUUGAAUUCAUUGGAAGAAUUUGUAGAUAAUAUUUCAAAUCGAACUAGUUUUAGAAGACACGGGUAUGUUUGAAUUCUUAAUCUUAAUUAAUUUCUCAUUUAUUACCUAUAUUUAUCGAACAACAAUGAGCCACGCACCCAUCUGCCAAAUUGUUUGUUCCUAUAUCAUUCAGCAACUUCGCUAAUGUAAUCAAAUAUUUUAAAUUUUUCAAGCGUGAACAUGGUAAUGAUAAAAAUUGGUCUUGCGAAUUGGUUUUGUAGAAAAACCUUUUUUAUCAUCCUGAUGAAGGUUAGAGUUCUCGUUGUUGUCCGAUCCAAUGGACGACUAAUGUUGCUAACGUGAAUUUAUGAACUUAAUUAUUAAAGUCAUAAAAGAAAACAAUUCUUAAAUUAUUUCAUGGAAAAUGAUUUACUUACCGUUGUCAGAUGUACAUAUUACUAGUUGUAAAUUAAUCACGAACUCCAUCUAAAUAUUAUUAAUUAUUACAAAGACGAUUGUCCUAAGAGUUUGUCAAAAAUUAUUUAGCACCUUAAUGCGUGUAGUCUCAUGAUCUACUUUGUAUUUUUCAACAGUCAACGCUCCACAAUUUAUUUUUAGAAAUGAUUGCACUUCGGAAUUUCAUUUAUAAAUGAUUGGAUAACAUAAAUCGAUUGAGACAAAUUAUUGAAAAUACCAGGAGAGUACAUCUUUUUGAGUUGUUUGAGGAUUUGCUGGUAUCAUACAUCAUGUAGUACUUACGUUUAUCGAGCCACUUUUUAAAACGAGAUAGCAUUCCCAUUAUGUUUUUAAAUGGAACACAUAUUACGGUAUGUUUGAAAGUUUUUUUAGAAAUAUUCAUUUCUUAUCAAAUAUAUCAACCUCAUCGAUGGUUCAUUAAUCAACCGAAUAAGGCAAGAAAUCAUUCUUGCUCUUUAGUAACUACAAAAUUAAGAAAAAUAACACAUCAAAGCAACCACGAUAGAUGCUAGAAAUCAUUGUGUCAAAUAUUUAAAACGUUAACUUUAAAAUAUGAAACAGACGAAUUUUAACCCCACCCCUAUAAUCAUUUUUAUAGCACUUUAUGCGAGUCACCUUGUAAAAAUGAUAAGGAGUGUGUUGUAGAAUGAUAUAUUACGCGUAUUAGGCGAUUUUGACAUAUUACGUAAUACUUAUUCGGGGUUUAACGCGUUAAGA